GAAGGUAAUAUAUAUAUUUAAAGAAAUAUAGAUUUAUUUAUACAAAUUUUUAUAAACGAAAUAGUUAAUAAUAACGUUUUAAAAUGAAACGGAUAAAUUAAUCGAUAAAGAAUGAAGCUAAGAGACAUUCAUUCAUGAAUAUUAAAAAUUCAAAAAUAAGAAAAAUCUUAUAUGCAUAUAAUUUAAAUUGUAAUUUUGGAAAAAAAUUGAGAAGAAAGAGAGAGAGAGAGAGAGAGAGAGAGAGAGAGAGAGAGAAGGCAUUGAGAGGGACAAAAAUUCUGAUUAGAUAUAUCUAGUUGUACAGCUUUAAAGAAAUCUUAAAUAUUACCGUAUUCCGUUGUAUUAUAUGAUUUAUUGUAUUGAAUUAUAUAUACUGUAUAUAGUUUUCAUUUAACACUCAAUAAGCUAAAAAAAAGAAAAAUAUUAUUUUAAGACUAUGAAUUCAUAAGAUUUAUAGUGUGCAUGCUGCAUGGAAAUAAUCGAGAUUGCCAGGAUUUCUCAGUUGCAGUUGAAGAUUAUUAUAGGCCUGUAGUUUAGUAUUUGAAGCUAAGGACUCAGGUUUUACUGAGAAGGCUAAUUUUAUCCUGAUUAUACGGCUAAUUGUUUUAAUUUAUCCGCUUUUAUCCGGAGGCUAUAAUCAUAGAAUAAUUAAGCGUGUAGGGGGAGGGAAAAGCAGUGAAGAUAUUAGCGUCGACAAAAAUCUAUGUAUAAAUAGGCGUAAUAUAAUUUCGGCGGACAAACACGCGCUAUAAACGCCACCUGCCGAUAAAAUCGCCCCCGUCGUCUAAGAGAGAGAGAAGAGAGGAGGAGACGAUGCGCGAUCUUUCAGGCUACGUCAUUUUGAUUGCAGAAAGUUCAGAAGGGAAAAUAAAGCUUUACGGUAAGGCUCUAAACACUUGUUCAUUCCACAAUUUACGAUUUUGUAGUAAGAAGGAAAAAAUUCGAUAAACUAAAUUACAUAAAGGUUCUACUCAAUAUAUUCGUCUUUGAUGCGCCAACGACGUUUCGACCUUAUUCUUUAAGCCUUUGCCUUACAGUAGUUAUUUUAUUCUUAUAUAUUCUAACAAAUUUUUGGUUAGCAUCUGCGUCGAACUGCUUUGAAGUGUUAUCGAACUCAGUAAAUCUUCGCGCCGGAAUUUUUCGAACGUUAUCGAUUGCCUACGCCUAUAUUUUUUUGUGUAUGGUAUAUUUAUGGAUGGAGAGUAUCUCCCUCUCCGAAAAGUCAUCACGCUGAAAACUCGCUGAACCGUAUCGAACUGAUACGUUAGCCGCUUAUGAACAAAGUGAUUGAUGCUUAUCCUUUCUAUUAGUUUGGGGCUGAAAACAGUUUCGCUCCAUUGCAUUAGUAAACUUUACCUCUGUCUUUGUCAACGACUAUUUCCGGUGUCGUUCAGUUCGUUAUCGAGCGUCCCUUUAAAUGUUCGUCUUGGGAUUGACACUCAAGAGACUAUUUCUAGCCUAAUAUUCCCUAUUCCUUCAUGUUUCUUCUGAAGAGAUUAGCGGAACUAUCUAUCGCCUUUCUUUUCAGGGUCGCCCGCUAACCGAGCCAAUUUACAAGCAGGGGAUGAAGUUGUCGCUGUCAAUGGACAAAGUUUAAGAGAUGCAACGCACGCGGAAGUUACCGAAUAUAUUCACAAGUGUAUAAAAUCUCGAACAAUACAACUACGAGUGAAAAGGAAUACAGGAAACGGAGAGCUGGCGAAAGGGGUUGUCAUUAAGGACGCUUAUGUAAUUGCUGUUGAAGAGGAGGCGAAGAAACGUUUAGAAGGGUUCUCCAAUACGCACAAUAUACAAUUAAAAGAUUUGUCAAAGACAGAGGAGGAUGAGAUGAGGCAAACUGGGGAAGAACACAAUGAAAUGCCGGUUGAUUGCGGUUCACCGUUAAAGAGUAAUAAAGGCUGGGCAAGAUCUACAACGUCUUCGUUAGCAAGCUCAAAUACAUCAGAUAUAAACGCUCCUAUGACAGAAGCCGAGAAAGAAAGAGUUGAAAAAUAUAAAGAAGAUUUACGUCGAAAAAGAAAACAACAAGAAAAGCAUAAAGAAGAAGAAGACUUUCUUCGAACAUCCCUUAGAGGAUCUAAACGCUUACAGCAACUAGAGGAGACCCCUGUUGCUGCACCCGUCCAAGCGGGUAUAGUCAAUCCUGUAUAUGAGCAAAGUUAUGACGAAUGUGUCGAUAGCCCUAUCUCACAACAUCAAGUGGAUACUUUGAAAGUUCGUAGCGAAGGCGUUCAAUUAUACGAAGUUCCCGAUAUUAUGGCAUCGAUUGCAACAAUUCGGGAACGUUUACCUGCAGCUCAUGAAGAGCUCAUGAAAGUUUUACGCCUAGUAUCAAAGGACAGUUUUGAAAAAGCGUUAAAAAUGCAUAAUUCGGUAGUAAAGUCAACAUUACGAAACCCGCCACCUGUCCCCGAAAGUACAUGUUCAUUAUCCGAACUGGACGAUGUUCUUACUUGUGUUUCAAGAUCAACAAAUCCAUUUGCCUUAGAAUUAGCGAAUAUUUUACAAUCACCUAAAGUUAUUUCUUUGUUACAAGCUCAUGAUGAAAUGGCUAAACGUGAAGCUCCAAAGCAUCAAAAGCGUCAGCUCAAUAAACAGCAAUCACCCCAAAACGGUGAAGUUCGUCCUGAAUCUAAUGAUCAAGUUCUUGAAAAAGUAUCCCGUUAUGGCGAAGAUAGAAUUAAAAUAGUGAGAUUGCAUAAAACUGCUGAUCCCUUGGGAGCAACUGUACGCAAUGAAGGCGAAUCUGUAAUAAUUGGGCGAAUAGUAAAAGGAGGAGUUGCUUAUCAGUCUAACCUACUUCACGAAGGAGAUGAAAUAUUGGAAAUAAAUGGCACAGAUGUUCGCGGUAAGAGUGUUAAUGAAGUAUGCGAUUUGAUGGCUAAUCUUCACGGUACCUUAACUUUUAUUAUUGUACCAAGUUCUCGACAUAAUGAUGGAUUUAUGAAUGAUUACGGUGAAGAAAAAGAAGAAAAAUUUAUGCAUGUUAGGGCUCAUUUUAAUUAUGAUCCUGAAGAUGAUCUAUACAUUCCAUGUAGAGAAUUGGGCUUGUCAUUCCUCAAGGGCGAUAUAUUGCACGUGAUCGAUCAAAGUGACCCACACUGGUGGCAGGCCUAUCGCGAAGGCGAAGACGAUCAAUCCUUAGCUGGCCUAAUACCGUCCCAUAUGUUUCAUACUCAAAGAGAAUCGUUGAGACAGCAGACUAUCUGUAAAGACGAACCAAGAAAAGAUAAACUGUGUGCCAGAAAGGCUGUCAAAAAGAAAAAAAAGUAUCAGCCAAAUAGCGGAGAUGGUGAUUCGGAUGAAAUUCCCACUUAUGAGGAAGUAGUUUCCUACUUACAAGGGGAUGAGAAAAGGCCUAUAGUCCUUAUCGGUCCUUCACACCUGGGUAGAUAUGAACUGAGGCAAAGACUAAUUCUAGAGGGUGAAAAUGGCAGAUUCGGUAUAGCGAUACCCCAUACCAGUAGACCUAAAACGGACAACGAUAAAGAAGGAGCCGAGUAUCACUUUGUUUCCAAAGAGGCUUUUGAAGCUGAUUUAGCAGCGAAUCGUUUUGUUGAAUAUGGCGAAUAUGAUAACAACACGUACGGCACUACUCUGAAUUCUAUACGCAAAGUGAUUCGAGAAGGAAAAAUCUGCAUAUUAAAUUUAUUCCCGCAGAGUUUGCGAAUGCUUAGAGCUCCACCCGAUAUAAGGCCAUACGUGAUAUUCAUCCGACCUCCAAACCUGGUAAAGCUACGUGCUAUUGUAGAAAAACAAACGAAAUCUCCGGAACACACUGAUGAUGAAAAAUUGAAGGCGAUGAUCGACGAAGCUAGAGAAAUGGAGGAAAAUUUCGGAGAUCUUAUUGACACAUUUAUCGUUAUGAAUAAUAUGGAUAGCGCGUAUAACGAGCUACUGAAAGAAAUAAACAAAUUAGAUACUGAAGCCCAAUGGGUGCCGAAACAUUGGGUCCAUAGCGAAAGAGAUUCUUGA